GGGAGUUCCUGACAGCUAGAAUCUAGAAGCAGAGCUAUGAGCUCCCCUUUGGCCUCCCUUGGCAAGACCCGGAGAGUGCCCCUGCAGUCGGAGCCUGUGAGUCCAGGGAGGCGAGCGGUAAAAAUCUAUGGAGAUGGAUCCCAGUUUCCUCUGGCCUCAGCCCCAGAGCAGUGACUUGGGCAUCCCUGUCUGCAGAAGACGAGGUGGACAUGCUGAAUGACGGACAUGGCUCUGAAGAAACGAUCUCUGUUCCUUCCUGCUAUGGCCGCAUAGGUGCCCCUGUGAGUAGGCAAGUCCCUGUAUCCCACGACCCGGAGAAAAUGGCCACCGUGAUGAAGCAGUUGCGAGAUCUGGAGCAGCAGGUGAAGGCCCAGACUAAUGAGAUGCUGUCCAAGGAUCGGAAGAUACGGGCCCUAGAGGAAUUGCUGCAGAACUUCCAGGAGAACCAGGGUGAGGCGACCCUGCAGCGGCAGGAGGAGCUGGAGACGAUGUGCACGCGGCUGCAGCGGCAGGUCGGGGAAAUGGAGCGCUUCCUCGGUGACUACGGCCUGCAGUGGGUGGGUGAGCACGUGGACCAGGAGGACUCGGAGGACAAGAUAGGCUCCAAGGAUGGUGAGGAGGACUGGAUGACGGCCAAGAAGUUCUGGAAGCCAGGGGACUCAUUGGUGCCCCCCGAGGUGGACUUUGAUAGGCUGCUGGCCAGCCUGAAGGAUCUCAGUGAGCUGGUAGACAGUGACAUGCAGGUGACACCAGUGCCCGGUGGAGUGCAGUUCCAUGUCCUUGAGCCCAUCCCACUGAAGCUCUACCGGAAUGGCAUCAUGAUGUUCGAUGGGCCCUUCCGGCCCUUCUGUGAUCCCUCCACACAGCGCUGCCUCCGAGAUAUAUUGGAUGGCUUCUUCCCCUCAGAGCUCCAGCGGCUGUACCCUGAUGGGGUCCCUUUUCAGGUGAGUGACCUGCGCAAUCAGGUCUACCCAGAGAAUGGGCUGGACCCGUUCCCAGGUGAGGGCCGCGUGGUGGGCCGGCAGAGGAUUCGCAAGCCCUUGGACAGGAUGGAGCACCCAGUCCUUCCCCAGGCCAAGGCUUCCAGUGCCCUCCCUAUAGGCUCCAAGAUGACUGCCGAGAAGUUUCUGAAGAAACUCCCCAAGUUUGUGAUCCGGCAAGGCGAGGUGAUUGAUAUCCGGGGCCCCAUCCGGGACACCCUGCAGAAUUGCUGCCCCUUGCCUGCCCGGAUCCAGGAGAUCGUAGUGGAGACACCUGCCUUGGCUGCUGAGCGUGAGAGGAGCCAAGAGUCACCCGACUCACCAGCGCCUCUGCUCUCCAUGCUGCGCAUCAAGUCUGAGAAUGGCGAGCAGGCUUUCCUCCUAAUGAUGCGGCCCGAGGACACUGUCGGCGAUGUGCGCACCCUGCUUGCACAGGCCAGGGCCGUGGACGCCACCACCUUCGAGAUCUUCAGUACGUUCCCACCUACAGUCUACCACGACGACACGCUCACACUGCAGGCUGCAGGCCUGGUACCCAACGCAGCACUGCUGCUGCGGGCGCCCCGGGCCCCACCGCCUGCCCCCGGCCCCUGCUCCAAAUAAAGCACCUGCCCCCGGCCCCUGCUCCAAAUAAAGCGCCUGCCCCAACAUGGACACAGA